CCACCAAACAUUCCACCUCUCUCAACUGGCUACCUUUCUAUAGAUCAGGCUACCAGUUCUACCAGUGACACUACUAGCUUGUCUCUUGGAUGUCAAAGUUCGCUUAGCGGAGGAAGUGGUAGUGGUAGUGGCAAUAUCAGUACCGGCGGGAUGCAUUUUAUUGGCAGCCAGCCUGCUGAAGAUAGCCCAGCUGUGGCUCGCACCACUAGCUCCUUGCUAAAUAUGGGUAGCAGAAAGACAAGCCUUGUUUCUGUACGUAGCAGCCUUAGUCAGACAGCUUCAUUAAGUGGCGGUUGCUGCACUGCCCUUGUAAAUCCUGUUGGUACUAGUGGAACUAGCGUAAUCAACGGUGGUGGUGAUGUAAACUACGGGACUCGCUCUCUUUCAUCGACUCGCCUCUCGCCUGCAGUGCUCGGAUUUGGAAUAAACAUGGGAUCCGGGUCAUUGGGAGCUGGUGGUCCUAAUAUCGUUGGUGAGGGUGGUAAUUGCUGUUCCAGCGACGGCGAUGUUGAAGUCUGGACUGGGGCUGGAUCUCCUUCUUUGGCCACCAUUACUCCUAACCAACACUUAGCACUUUACCAAUCGCAAGAGCUUAACCAGAAAAAUGGAACCUCAAAGGUUGAACAACAGGUUAAGUGGCUGCAGAUGGCGUGUGAAAUGGCUACAGAUGAAGUGUGA